AUGGAUGUCAAAAAUGCCUUCCUUCACGGUGAUUUGACAGAGGAAGUAUAUAUGCACCCUCCUCCAGGAUAUCAUUCUCCCCAUAAGGUCUGUAAACUUCAAAAAGCCUUAUAUGGGUUGAAACAAGCUCCUAGAGCCUGGUUUGCCAAGUUCAGUUCUACCCUAACACAAUUUGGUUUUCUCUCUAGUCCACAUGACUCUGCUCUAUUCACUCGAAGAAGUGAUAGUGGUAUUGUAAUUCUGCUUCUUUAUGUAGAUGACAUGAUCAUAACCGGAGAUGACAAGACUGGAAUCUCAGCUUUACAACAAUAUCUCAGUCAACAUUUCGAAAUGAAAGACCUUGGUUCCCUUAGUUAUUUUUUGGGGCUUGAAGUUUCCCAAGACUCAGAAGGAUAUUAUCUUUCCCAGGCCAAAUAUGCUUCUGACUUGCUUUCUCGAGCAGGAAUCACAGACUGCAAGACUGAAUUGACACCAUUGGAAGUCAACUCCAAACUCACACCACUUGACGGCACUCCUCUUGAAGAUGCCACCUUGUAUCGGCAACUUGUUGGUAGUCUUGUUUACCUAACUGUCACUCGCCCUGAUAUUGCAUAUGGUGUCCAUAAAGUCAAUCAAUUUAUGGCUGCCGCUCGGUCAUCUCAUUUCUCUGCAGUUCUACGUAUCAUUCAUUAUGUUAAAGGUACUAUUUUUCAUGGUUUACGCUUCUCUGCUAAUUCAUCCUUGGUCCUAUCUGGAUACUCUGAUGCAGAUUGGGCAGGUGACCCUACUGAUCGUCGCUCAACAACAGGGUAUUGUUUCUUCUUAGGAAAUUCUCUUCUUUCCUGGCGUAGCAAAAAGCAAACAGUUGUUGCCCGAUCAAGCACAGAAUCUGAAUAUCACGCUCUUGCUGAUGCUACUGCUGAGUUACUUUGGUUACGAUGGUUGUUAAACGAUAUGGGCGUUACACAAUCUUCUUCUACUAUGCUUCAUUGUGAUAAUAGAAGUGCUAUCCAGAUUUCCCAUAAUGAUGUUUUUCAUGAGCGCACAAAACACAUUGAAAUUGAUUGUCACCUUGUACGCCAUCAUGUUACUAAUGGCACCAUACAGUUGAUUUAUAUUCCUUCUGUGGACCAACCGGCUGAUACCUUCACCAAAACUCAUAAUCCGAUGCGCUUCAAAGAUUUAUUAAGCAAACUCCAGUUGGCAUCCACCAUACCAACUAGAGUUUGA